AUGUCCGAACAAAGUUACGAGAAACAGUUUCUCAAGGACUUUAUCGAUGUCGUUCCUGAGUCAGCAGGCGCUCGAUUAGCGGCAUGGCUUCAACCCGAAUCGCGUUUGGACCCGAACAAGUGUCUUUUGAAGAUUUCUCAGGAGCCGCUGCGUAACGGAUGGCCCACACAGCUUAUUAUUGAGACGAGAGAUCAAUAUGGCGAACAAGUUUACGUCCCCGAGAUAAAAAUUGAGAUUCGCACGGUAUUCGGAAACGACGUGAAUCCGCAUGACGCACGAAAAGUCCCGCAAUUAUCGUAUGGAGACCUCUAUUCGAGCGAUAUUUUCCUGCCGACGAAGAAAAAGUAUCGCACAACGGUGAAAGAUAAGGAAAAAAGUUACUUGAAAGCGAUUACCGCGAUGAAAUGUUACUCAGAUUAUUCCUUUGAAGAGCUCCGUCUUUUUUCGUUUCUCGAGAAAAAGAACUCGGAAGUGAUUCGGGCGACAGAUUGUGGCGAUUUGCGGUACAGCGGGUCAUGGACUCCGAGUGCGACGGGAAAUUAUUGUCUUUCGCUCAUCAUUGACGACAUCGUGGCCGAAGAAGUUUACAAAGUUGAGGUCAUAGAUUGCGGCGCGCCGCCUCCAUUGCAGAAAACAACACUUAAAAAGGUGCAACCGCAAAAUCGUUUGAGGAAAUUUAUGGCGAAAAACUCGGCUGGAUUGAGAAUUCGCUUGCAUCCGACUUUGCAAUCCGAACAAGUGGGCGUUUUGAAGGUAAAUGGCAUCAUUUCGUUCACCGACGAGCUCGAAAAUGACGAUGGAUUGUGGUUGCGACUGACAACGGAGUCGAUUCGGGAACAUUGCUCGCCGAAUUGGUUCCCGAGUGAAGCAUGGUGCUUGCAAUAUAACCAACAUUUGGACAAAACUUUACUUUUUCCCAUCAUUGAAGCUGAUCCGUUGAACAUUUUUGAGACGAGUAACAAUGAAAGUCAAUUCGUUGAAGCUCUUGGUGCUGAACCAGAUCUCCAAUUAGGUCCCAUAGUGUCAGCGAAAAGUCAAAGCACGUAUAAUGAUGCAAAAGAUUCCGUCGUUACAGAAGAAAAACUUGUCCCGGUUGAAUUUAAGGAUCAAGGAGGCGACGUCAAACAUUGGCAAACGCAUCAAAAGAAGGGAAGUCAAUCGAAUAUUAGUGCGACAAUCGCUGGAGUCGUCGGGGAGGGUGCCAUUAAGUUACAAGCCUUGCAAAAAUGGUUCAAAGGGGAUCGAAAUGGCGAAGGACCUGAAGAUAUGCGACAGGAAUAUCGUCGGAGUGAAUCUGAUGCCGGAAUUGAGACGGGAAUGCAAUUCGUGAGGAGUGAAAGAUCGCAUUCACUUUUUGAUGAAUUCAAAGACGACACAUCGACAAAUACCAAAUCCUCAGCUAAAACAACUCUCGAUAAACAAGCUGAGGACUUUGCUCGAGCGUUUCUCAAGGUCACCGCUGACUUAAAAGACGAAGUUAUCGAAGAUGUCGCUCAUACCAAAGACAGCAGCACGAAAAUUUUGAAACGAGCUCUUUCGCCAUCGAUUGCUGAGACCCUCAGAACAGUUUUUGCUGCCUUUUUGUGGCACGAAGGGUUGAUUCAUGAUGCCAUGGCAUGUGCUUCAUUCCUGAAAUUCCAUCCAAAUAUCUCCAAAGACUUUUCCGUGUUGGAAAAUAUCGCGGAAACGGAAGUUUUGACGAAAGAGGAGAAGGCGAAGCAACGUCAUUCGUUGGAAAUUUCAAGUGCGGAGGCUUAUUUGAACAUGAGACCGGCAACGUUGGAAGCUCUGACGAAAAGUGGGAAUUGUUGCGUGCAUAAUCGGAAGCGGAGGAGUGUAAGAACGACGAUCGACGAAACUGGAAACGGUUUACGAGAAAAACUCACAAGAGAAAUACUUCCGCCAGCGUUAAAAGGCUUGGUUUAUAUGUGGGAUCAGCUUUGCUGCAAUUUCAUUCAACUUGCAGAGACAAGUACGACUGACGGCAAAGAAAAAGUCAAAAUGAAAGGGUCUUCAGAGGAAAAACGAACCGAAAAUCGCACGUAUCAAAGGAACAAAAAAGACGACGGCUCAUGGUGCGAAUUAUGUGACAUUUUCCUGCCAAUUCCCGUAACGUAUCACAUGCGAAUCGUUCAUCCAGGCUGCGGAAAGUCCUCUAACGGCAAAGGUUACAACUCCAUUGGCAGUUAUUGCGAAGGUUGGGCCGGAAAUUGCGGCGAAGGAGGUCAAGGAGCGUCAAGUUGGUAUCUCAUGUGUGAUAAUUGUCGCGAAAAAUACUCCUUAAACGGGAAGAAAAACUUGGAUUUCAAUCACAUGUCAAGCAAUUCGCUGCAAUUAAGCUACAACAGCACCUUGAUUCGCUCCGAGCUGUUCCAAAUCAUGAAAGAAAACUCACUUUUCCUGCUGGAACUGAACACAAGCAACAAAAACUUCCCCAAUCGUGUAAAAUCGUCAAGAACGAGCGGCGGUAUGUUCACUAUUAAGGAAAGAAGUUACCAUCAACAUGAUCUAACGGGAGCUGACGACUAUUUGGAUUACAUUUCCGACGCGAGUUUCGACAAUGUCUCCGUAAAAGCAGCAAAAAUGGCUGUUACAGCAACGUUUGAUUCAAUUUGGUGCCCUCCGGAUACACUUUCUUGCCUCGAAACGCUCGGCGGGAAGUUCGGACAGGAUUUGCCAUACAACUUUUUCGAUGCCCUGGGCGAUGUUGACUAUGAAAGAGGCGCUUUUAACGACGGCGGUGAUCAAUUUGAGCAAAAUUUGCACUCGAACAUGCCUCAGCAACAAAUUGGGACAACAAGUAAAUUCCAUCGAAGCUUCUCCGUGGAACAAGGAUGGCUCAGUCAAACCCAAACUUUCCAAAAUUUGUGCCGCAAACCAGGAGAUGAUGAAAUUGCGCCAUCGGGCGUCGUUAUGAGACGCAAGAAAACUUGCACUUGCGGCAAAAAUGCUUGCGAUUCGGUACUUUUGCGACAUCCGUCGGUUCAUUUGAAGAGAUUAGUGCCGGAAAAUGUCUUACUUUCCAAUGGGGGAAGUGCUUCCGUGAAAUUAAUCGAAAAUUCGCGCCAUAUUGACGACAGCGUGAACGAAGAUGAUCUCUUGGCAGCGAAUUCCUUGCUUCUUCGACCCUCAAUGUUGUUCAUACUCGAAGUACACGACCUGAAAAAACUCAAAUGUUUGAUGAAGAAAAAAGUUCAAAAGUCAAUCGGUUCAAUUUACAGUCUCCAGGCCCUGAAUUGGAUAAUUCGAUCGGUAACGCAGACAAUUUCCUUGCACGACUUGAUGUGGUGGUUCGUAACAGCUCUUAAAUCGUCAAAUGUUUCGCACGAAGGCAAUAAUUCCGGAAGUGACGAAGAACAAGCACUUGAACAUCCCGUAAGUAGCAACCAAAUCGGCGGCAACAUCAGCGACGUUCAAUCCCAAAGUCUCCAUAACCUUCUUUCCACGAUCGCGGAAUUAACUUUGAUGCUCCCAUCGGGCUCUGCUUUGCAAAAAAUCUCCAUUCAAUGUUUUGGGUUGAAAUUCAAACCCAGCGAUCAUCAAUUCCUCCAUCGAUGUCAUGUAUUCGCCAAUAUUUCAAAGAUUUUAUCAAAAUCCGAGGAGCAAAAUGAAGAAAAUUCAAUGGCUUCUGUCAAUUUUCUCGCCGCUUCGAACCUUCAGCAUCAACAAAACGACAGUCAAUCCGUUACUUUGGCAAAUUUACACGACAUAACCGACGUUUUUGAGAUAACCGUGUCAUCUCGUCCCGCCAUGGUGAACUCUCUCAUCGAUAAUUCCACGGAAACCUUUUGGGAAAGCGACGAAGAAGACCGAAAUAAGCCAAAAUUGAUCGAAGCAUCUCAAAUUAAGUCGAAUUAUGUGUGCAAAACGGUAGCUGUCUUCAUCGACAACAGUCGCGAUAUAUCAACACGAGUCUCGAGCAUCUUCGCAUAUGGCGGGCAAUCGUUACGCGAGAUGAAUUUCAUCACAACUAUCGAUGUUGACACUGUAGAAUGUGCUUGGAUCCCCAUCCGCAUCGACGAUGACUCUCUCACGCAUUUCCGGAUCGAGUUUCGAGGCAAUGAAAAUACUUUGCGAGUGCGUCAAAUCAAGUUGUUGGGGUAUGACAUCAAAAAUAACCGAAAUCCGAGUGAUCCUAAGGCCACAAAUAGCAGUUACAUACAACAACAGAACUGCGAAGUGGAAACUUUACGAGUUUUUCGCAUGUUAACUAAUCAGGUAUUUGGAAAAUUGAUCGUUAAAUCGCCUGGAAAUGGAAAUUUACUUGCAACGCCGCGUUCGAGGGAGUUAAGUACUGUGAUUUCGCCCUCAGCGGAGUCUUUGGACCUCAGAGAACAUAUGGUUGGUAUCUUAUUCAGUCGUAGCAAGCUGACGCAUCUUCAACGACAGAUCAUCGUUCACAUUGUACACGCGAUUCAGAAGGAAACUCAACGGAUUCGUGAGGAAUGGGAAGCUAAAGUGAUUUUGGAAGCAGCAACCGAGUCGCCGGAACGUGAAAAAACGGAUUCAACUGAAGGAGACAAUUAUAUCUUUGAAUUAUUGAGUAUGGUACUCGCUUUAAGCGGCAGUGGCGUCGGAAAAUCUUACCUUUCGCAUCAACAUGGCUUGUUACGUGACCUUUUAACACUCCUUCAUACCGGCAGCGAUCGCAUCCAACGUCAAGUAACAGCGCUCUUCAGAAGAAUUUUAUCUGAAAUCACUCCCGAAGGCUUCGGUUUGAUCCUGGGCAUCACAAAAGUCCCGCAAAUGGACUACGGUAUCAUCAACGAGAACGCCGAAGACUUUGACAUGCACAAACUCGGGAUAAUUGACAUUUUCCUCGCAGUAAUUGCAAAAUCGCUUCAAAUCCAGUUAAAAACUCACACGAAAAUACAUUCGAAGACGAAAAUUAUUACCACGGUCAAACUUUGUCAUUAUCAAUUGUUGGAUGGCACGGAAUAUCGCAGCAAACAUUCCGUCGAUACGAAUUCGAAGAGCAAAGAUACGUUGACGAGCGAUACGGAAGUCUUGAAUCCGAGAAUGGUAGCGACGAUGUAUUCGGAUUUGUAUCAGAGCAGCUCGUCGUGUCAAGAAAGCUUUCCGGAUCAUUAUGCAGAUCAAGUGGAUGACAAGAGUAGAGAUGAUUUGGCGCAAAUUGAGCUGAAACGGAUUGAAGAAGUGAAUAAUUUUACAAAUCGUUGGUUUAUGAAAGGAACAAUUGCGAAUAAGCAGGCUGAGAAUAUGAUUAAUUUCUUCAAGGAUAUGAUAAAUGGCAAAUUCGGCGAACGUUGGAGUUUGGUAUCUAAAGCAGCGAUUGCUGAAUGUAUCAUCAACCUUACUCGCCUCGACGAAAACUGUCGUAUACCGGAAAAUUGUGUCAAAACACCCACAAUUUGGUUAGCUCUUGCAAGUUUAUGUGUCUUGGACAAGGAUCACGUGAAACGUCUCUCUUCAAGUCAAUGGUCCAAAACACUCGAAACUCGUCCCAUGUGUACGAAUCACGAUGACGGAAUGACUCCUGCGAUAAUUGAAUGCGGCAAUUGUGGUUCUUUGUGUGGGGAUUGCGAUCGAUUUUUGCAUUUAAAUCGUCGCACUCGAAGUCAUUACCGAACUUUGUGCAAAGAAGAAGAGGAAGCAAUUUCCGUUGAGCUUCACGAGCAUUGUGGACGUACAAAACUCUUCUGGCUACUCGCUUUAGCUGAUAGCAAGACUCUGAAAGGCAUGGUUGAGUUCCGCGAUGGUCACAGCAACAUUCUCGGAGGAACAACUGACACUGUUGGUCGUUGUCGUUUCUGCGGCACUACAGGAAACACGGGAUUACUUGCGGUUGGCAACGUUUGUGCCGAGCAACAAUGUCAGGAAUACGCCGCAGAAGCUUGUAACAAAAUUCUCGCUUGCGGGCAUUUUUGCAACGGAAUCGCCAACGAAGAAAAAUGUCUUUGCUUGCAUUCAAAAUGUCAGAGAAACGCGACGGCGAAACCAAACGAACCAAAACUCACGCAAGAUGGCGACGACAUGUGCAUGAUUUGUUUCACGGAAGCGCUGAGUGCUCAACCAUCGAUCCAAUUGCAGUGCGGACACGUUUUUCAUUAUCGGUGCUGCAAACAAGUCCUCGUAAAACGCUGGCAUGGCGCUCGGAUUACUUUCGGAUUCGCUCAAUGCGGAAUUUGUAAGAGCGAUAUCGCACAUGAGUCACUAAAUGACAUCCUCGAGCCAAUUAUGUCGCUGAAAAAUGAUGUCAAGCGAAAAGCUUUGAUGCGAUUGCAUUACGAGGGCAUCAAAGACACAAGUUCGAAAGAUAUGGCGCAGUUUGCGAUGGACAAAUACGCUUAUUACAUGUGUAGUCAGUGCGAUAAGGCAUAUUAUGGCGGCGAAGUGCGAUGCGAUCAAGAAAUGGGCGAGAAAUAUGACCCCAAAGAACUCGUUUGUGGAGGUUGUUCGGAUGUUUCUCGUGCGCAAAUUUGCCCGAAACACGGCACGGACUAUUUGGAGUACAAAUGUCGGUAUUGCUGUAGUGUCGCAAUUUUCUUCUGCUUUGGAACGACCCAUUUUUGUGAUGUUUGUCACGAUGACUUCCAAAAACUCACAAACAUCCCGAAAAACAAACUUCCUCAAUGCCCCGUUGGUCCAAAAGCUAAAAAAUUGCAGGGAGAAGAGUGUCCUUUGCACGUUGUUCAUCCGCCAACUGGAGAGGAAUUCGCUCUUGGAUGCGGCAUUUGUCGAAAUGCUCAGAAUUUUUAAUUUA